UUGUUUCAGAAAGGACGUUGGGCGGACAACGUCUCCCUUCGAGCAGCGGACAAGAGUGACGAAGACAAAAAGUCGAUUACCUCAAUUAAUCGAAAAUCAUCAAAAGUCAGUCCUUUGACGUCUCCAAACGAUGACGAGGUGGGUUCAAAGAGCGACGGAGAGGACAAGAAGAGCCAUGGCAGCUCGGAUUCUGAGAAACGCCGCGAGAAGGCGCCGGUGGAACGCAUCCAGUUGACUGAAGGAGUCGUUCAGGAUUACAUUAAUCUGGAAAAAGCAAUUCAUAAACUGGAACGGAAAAACGUGAUCAAGAAGUAUGAAUCGCAGACUAUUUACGCUGACAACCUGAAAAACACCGUUGAGCAACUUGAAGCAGUGCUCAAGGAGCUCAGAAAGCAGACUGAACGUGAAAAGUCUGACUUGAAGAACAUUGAACAGCCUUCUGUGAAAGACUUCCUGAAACAUCAAGGCGAAUGGGAAGCUCGCUUCAAGAAAGAAAAAGAGGAUUACGAGGAUGCUGUGAAUAAGCAAGAUGCCGUGGAAAAGGAACUCGAGCUUUCAAAGGUGAAGUUCGAAACGGCUCAGAAAAUCACAGAUAUUUACAAGCAACAGAUGGACAAUCUACUUGCCCUUUACGACAAACAGGAUAAGAUGUUGAUUGGAAUCUUUGGAACUGACUACGCAUCGGAGAAGGAGAACAUUCUGGAAGGGGAGGUGGACGAAAUGAUGGAUUGGCAGCAGCGAGUCGCUCUGGCAAUCAAUCCUCGAGCUCGUUACUUCGCAGCAGCUGAAGCUCGGAACAACUUCAUCGCUGCUGCUCAGAACGUACAAUCGUGUCGGAUGUACCUCAAUAAGGUUGAGUUCCCUUACGCAACAGAAGAAGAAAUCCUACUGAUGGAGGACACAGCUACAAAGGCCUUCAAAAACGUUCAAGACGAGUCCGAGGUGAAAAAGGCUCUGAAAGUUUUUCAAGAAACCCAACAGAAGGUCGCUCGUCUCAUCCAGUGGUUCGACAAGGUGAUCAACGACACGAUCAGAAAGGAUCUCGAUAAAGCGAACAAUGCGGUGAUAAAGAAACAAAAAGCUUUGAGAGAAGAGAGGCUAAAAUUGAUGAGGAAACAGACCAAAAAAGAGCUCGGCCACAAUAUGGAGUUUGAAUAUGACAAUAUUUCUGAUGACGACCUUGAAAAAGAGUUGAAAAGGCUCGAGGAGGAAGCAAUUAAAGGAAUGAAGGAAGUGAAAAACAAAAAGAUAGCGGAAAUCAUAAACGGUGGCUCGACAGACAAUUCAUCAGUGCCGCUGAGUAAACUGGCUCCAAUUCCAAGCAAAGACGCUCUAUUCGGUACGGUUAUGGCUCUUUUUCAAUGA